CUGUGCUAAGUAUUUUAUAAUUUUUAUCUCAUCUGACCCUCACAAUCAGCUGUGAGUUUAUGCUAAUAUUAGCCCCAUCUCAUACUUGAGAAAACUAAGGCAAACAGAAAUGAAGUACAGGGUCACACAGCUACUAAGUGUUUGAGGCUAGGCUUGAAUUCAAGUUUUCCCAAUUCUGGGCUCAGAGCAUUCUGAAUAACUAAUGGGCUUUUAAUUCUAGAUAAUGGAAUUUAUGCUAGGUGUCCAUCCUUCUUUGAGAUGAAGGCAGAAUUUUCUAAUUCUCCCUGCCCCCAUUAUCCCAGCAAUAAACACCAUGUAAGUCAUACUUGAGGAGUCCUAGUAAACAAUCCUGUGCUCCUUGCUUACAUGUCUCCUUUCCCUAAAGCAAAGUAAAGUGUAUGUUAUUCUCUAUUCUCAUCCCUUCCUUAUUCCCAUACUAAGGAAUUCCAAUUCUCAGAGAAAAUUUGAUCUCCCAUUUUGAGGAAAGGGAACCAUCCUGGAUCCUGGGUGAAAAGGGCUCAAAGAAUUUCUGUCCAGGUGCAAAGACAAGGUUUGAAGUGACUAAGAGUACUACAAACCUGAGGAUUUCUGUGGAAGAGUCUCACCAGCAAAGAUUCAUGAGUGAUGGUCCCUGUGACUUCAAUUUGAGAGAAAACUAUAAUUCAUAUAUCAAGAUAGAGAAAAAUCACAAUAAUCACUCUGCAUAUGGUAAAGAUGGAAAGAGUUUUAGACAACACUCAGUCCUAAUUCAGUUUAAGAAAAUGACCUCAGGAAAUGAUUGUUUUCAAUCUGGUGAAAAUAAGGAAUGCUUUACUGGAAAGGUUCGGUUUAUUCAGUCUUAUGAGAAACCUCCUGAAGUGCAAACAUAUCAACGUAAUCAAGGGGAAAUGGCCAGCAGUUUAAGUUCAGAUCUCAACAGACAACAGACAUGUCACCCUGAAAAAGUGCUUUAUUUUUGUAAUGUUUGUGGGAAGGCCUUUAGCCAGAAUCGAAAGCUCACUGACCAUCAUAGAAUUCACACUACAGGAAAACCUUAUGAAUGUAAUCAUUGUGGAAAAGCAUUCAGGCAGAAUGUCAAACUAGCUCAACAUCAGAAAAUCCACACUGGAGAGAACCCUCAUCAAUGUCAUGCCAGUGGAAAGACUUUCAGAAAGAGAAUCAAUCUUGGUGAACAUCAGAAAAAUCAUAGUGGAGAGAAGCAUUAUGAUUACAAUCAAUGUGGAAUGGCUUUCCAACAUAGUUUGAAUCUUGGUAUACAUCAGAAAAACCACACUAAUGAUAAAUCUUCUGAAGGUCGUAAAUGUCACAAAGCUUUUGGUGAACACUCUUCCCUCAUUGCACAUCAGAGAAUCCACACUGGAGAGAAACCUUAUGAAUGUAAUCAGUGUGGAAAAACUUUCCGACAGAACUCCAGUCUUGUUGUACACCAGAGAAUUCACACUGGAGAGAAACCUCAUGAGUGUCAUGAAUGUGGUAAAUCUUUUGCUGUAAAAUCUUCCCUUAUUGCACAUCAGAGAAUCCACACUGGAGAGAAACCUUAUCAAUGUAAUCAGUGUGGAAAGGCUUUUACACAGAUCUCUAUGCUUGUUGUACAUCAGAGAAUCCACACUGGAGAGAAACCUUAUGAAUGUAAUCAGUGUGGAAAAACUUUCCGACAGAACUCCGGUCUUCUUGUACACCAGAGAAUUCACACUGGAGAGAAACCUUAUGAAUGUGAUCAAUGUGGGAAGGCUUUUACAGAGAACUCCAAACUUGCUGUACAUCAGAGAAUUCACACUGGAGAGAAACCUUAUGACUGUAAUCAGUGUGGAAAGGCUUUCCGGUGCAGCUCCAGGCUUGUGGUACAUCAGAAAAGUCACACUGGAGAGAAACCUCAUGAGUGUCAUGAAUGUGGUAAAGCUUUUGGUGAAAACUUUUCCCUUAUUGCACAUCAGAGAAUCCACACUGGAGAGAAACCUUAUGAAUGUAGUCAAUGUGGAAAGGCUUUCACACAGAAUUCCCUUCUUUCUAAACAUAAGAGAAUACAUACUAGAGAGAAACUUUAUGAAUGUCAUCAGUGUGGAAAAGCUUUCAGACACAGCUCAAGUCUUCCUCUUCAUCAGAGAAUCCACACUGGAGAGAAACCUUAUGAGUGUAAUCAAUGUAGAAAGACUUUCACACAGAAAUCGAGUCUCGUUGUACAUCAAAGAAUUCAUACAGGAGAGAAACCUUAUGAAUGUAGUCGGUGUGGAAAGGCUUUUACAGAGAACUCCAAACUUGCUGUACAUCAGAGAAUCCAUACUGGUGAGAAACCUUAUGAAUGUAAUCAGUGUGGAAAGGCUUUCACAAAUAGAUCGAGUCUUGCUAUACAUCAGAGAAUCCACACUGGAGAGAAGCCUUAUGAAUGUCAUCAGUGUGGAAAAGCUUUUACUCAGAACUCCCAUCUGUUCAAACAUCAGAGAAUGCACACUAGUGUGAUGGGUGAAAUCUAAAUUAACUGAGGAAACAAAAGACUGAACAUCUGAGCAAUGUUGAUUUAUUAAGUAAUACAUGCCAAUUGCUUAACAAAUCAAGACCAAGCAUCCUUUCCAAGUUGGGAGAGAAAGGAGCAAGUUUUAUGAAUUGGAAGGGUCUGGAAGAGCAAGCAAGUGAAUUUUUCUGGAUGUGAAACGGGAUGUCAUAUAAGCCCUUUUCUUUGCAAGCAGGUGGACUUUAUUUAAGAAAAGGAAUAUUAGAACUCAAAAUAGUUUUAUGAGGAGUCAGUUUGGUUCACAUAAUUCUCAAAAAUUUCACUGGAGAGAAACUAUAUGAAUGUUAUCAAUGUGAAAGGGUCAUUAUUGAAAUUAAAAUCCUGCCAUUCAUCGGGGAUGCCACACUGGAGAGGAAAUUUAUGAUGUUAACCAAUGGGGAAAGACUUUCCCAUAUAGGAUCCAUCUUGCUUAUUCUUUGAGAAUCUACUCUGGAGAGAAACUUUAUGAAUCUAUAAUCAAUUUUGAAAAGCUUUCACAUGGAAUUUUAGUCUUGUUGUACCUCAGAGAAGCCACACAGAAAAAAUUUAUAAUUAUAAUCAAUGUGUAAAGGCUUUUCCAUUAUAGAACCCAUCUUGCUUACUUUGUGAGAAUUCACAUUGGAGAGAAAUUUUAUGAAUGUGAUCAAUGUGGAAAAUCAGACACAACUCUAGUGUUCCUCUUCAUUAAAGAACCCACACUG